AUGCAACACGAUGCUGAAAGGUCUGUUGAUACGGUGUUGUUUAAACUUCUUGAGCAUAUCAACCGCAUAUUGGAGUGCUUAACUGCUGGCCUGUGGGCAGUGGAUAUAUGCCACACGGAAUUCCUCGACGCAUUCUUCGCAGUCCUGAACGAUGGCUCAGUGAUUUGCUAUUCAGCAAAAAGGCGGAAGAAUGCAGACACCAAGCGAGAAUACGAGGGAACGCACUUGCACAAGGUCGCAGCCAGUAGCGCAGCGUUCAAUCCCAAGUACAUGACCAUCGCCUUAGCAUGCCACCGUGAUGUUAAAGUCUUCCGAGUGACCGGCCAGACACUGGGCAUGAAGCUAUCCCACGUUUGCUCCUUGCGGCAGCAAAACCGACCCUGGGACAAAGCGGGGUCGCCUUGUGCACUAAGUUGGACGCCUGACUGGAAUGCCCUGGCAGUGGGCCAUGCCAAAUCAGGGAUAUCUGUAUGGACAGCGUUUGGGUCUUUGCUGUUGUGUUCGGCGACUGAUGAUGGGCAUUUGCCUACGGAGGAGGAGACUAAUAAAUCAAUGCUAGGCGUGAAGUCUAUGGACUGGGGGCCUUAUGGGUAUCGACUGUGUGCGAUUUUCUACCAAAAACGAGAUGGCGUCUUUAAAACAGGCGGAGAAAUCAUGGAUUUUGCUUUUCACAAGACUGCUGCGUGUUCAACAAUUGCCCAGUCGCAAUCAGACUGUGCACUGCUUAUCGGCGAAGACAGAUUGCAUCUCCACAUCGAAGGUCUUGGUGGCAAAGAUGGAUCCUGGGUGCAAGGCUCUUUGGAUAAAUUGUGCGAACUACAUUGGAAUGUCAUACAGGUCGAUAUGACUUAUAUAGGCGAGAACUGGCCCAUUCAGUACGCCAGCAUCAACGCUGCUAAAACACACCUAGCCGUCGCGGGCAAGAAGGGAUUUGCUGUUUAUGAUCGCAGCAGAGAAAAGUGGAAUUUCUUUCGCAAUCAGCGCAUGGAGCAGAGCUUUACAGUGCGGGGCGGCUUGUCGUGGUUUGGCUCGUUGCUGAUUGUGCCUUCGACAGCUGAUGGUCGCUCAGAGAUACGACUAUACGAUUGCCAAAAAGUUCUGGAAGAGUCUUCGAUAGUCGCCCGUCUGGAAUCGUUCUGUCCCAUCUCGCUGCUCAAUAGUUUUGAGAACUACAUUGUCGCUUUUACCACCGAUAGGUAUAUCAGUUUAUAUCGAAUCUGUAAGAAGGCAAAAGACUAUACGAUCGAGAUCGUACUAACUGAGAGUGUUACGCAAUGGAUCCCUUAUCCCCUCGGUGUCUCAUAUAUCGCACUCUCGCUUGUUGGUCGCGACGAAGAUGAAGAUGGGCUGUCCCAUCGGAAACACAUCGGCCGGACUGCCACCAAUCAAAGAGUGCGAUCAGUCCUGAUUGUCAUACAUGGCGAGCUGCACAUGUUGCCCUUGGACCUUACUCCGGGCGCUGAGUCUCUUGCCGUUAAUGAGCACUGUCUACUGUCUAGUGGAGUGGAAGGGGUUUGGCUUCCCUCCCGGAGCGAAUUUGUUCCUGCUGGAUUGCCGGCGUCUAUUUAUAUGUAUACGAAAGAAGGCCAAAUGAAGGCGUGGAUGCCGACUGAAGGGGUCAAGAAGAGCGACACAAAAAGGCUCAUGCUCAAAUUCAGAACCGAUUUUUACCCUGUUGUAAUAUACCAAAACAAAGCCAUCAUCCUGGGGAUAGAAUCUGAUACCUCCUACGAAUCAAAUUCGCAUAUGAGUAGUUUUCAAUUCUCCACCUUUGAGCACAAGACUCAAAUGUAUCUUCAUCAUAUCCUCGUCCGCCUGCUGGAAUUCAGACUACAUGGCGAUGCCUACCGCGUUGCUCAACAGUGCUAUGCGAUGCCGUAUUUCUCUCAUGCGAUGGAGCUCAUGUUGCACAACGUGCUUGAAGAUGAACACUCCAGCGAUCUUGCAGUUUCCGAGUAUGAGCUAUUGCCAUUGGUCAUUGACUUCGUCAUGAAAUUCCCUGAGUACCUUGAGGUCAUUGCGCACUGUGCACGCAAGACGGAAGUAGCUCUAUGGAGUUUCCUAUUCUCACGCGUUGGUAAUCCGAAACGACUUUUCGAGGCUUGCAUUGACGAGGGGCGAUUACACACUGCAUCCUCAUAUUUAGUUAUUCUGCAAACUUUAGAGCCGCCGGUGGCUAGUUGCAAGUAUGCAACCCGAUUACUGGACGCCGCUUUGGAUAGCGACCAUUGGGAACUGUCGAAGGAGCUGAUGCGAUUCUUAUCGUCCAUUGCACAUGACACCCAAUUCCGCGGAGACAUUCCCGGAUCUAUCACAUCCAUGCCACGCCGAAACACCGUGCGAUCCAACUCGCAGAAUGACCCACGCUCACUCGAGAGGGAUGAACCAACCUCAUCCAACACUAGCGCAACGUCACGCCAAGCAUCCGUGAUUACUGAUAUGACGCUGGAGGCGAAUGUUGAGACUGUGGACAAGUCCGUUAGUAAAAAAGUAGAGACGGGUACAAGCAUGGACGAUCUGAUGGCCAGUACCGAGUCGAUAUCGCAGGAUGUGCAGGGCGAUGGUGUGCGGAGUGUGGGGACGCAGACCAACCUCAUCAGAUCAGCGGACAGAUUCUACACCAACGUACUGUUGUCGCAACACGCUCGAAAACUAAUGCGUAAUUACGAGAUGAGGGCCCUUCUGGUGUUCGCCCGGAAUCUUGCGUUUCCGUUGAGGAGGUGGUUGUGGAUUGAAAGGCAUCGCGAUGCGCUCGUAUCAGACUUUCCGGCAGCUUUUCAUAACCUUCACGACCAAUUCGACUGGCCACUGCCCGGCACCCGGCGGCGAUCUGGUGGAGGAUCCAUUCUCCCCUUUCUCCCUACAAGUAUAAAAUCAAAUCCGUCCUCUCGGAGCACCACCCCGGAACCAUUCACGAAUACGCAAACGCAAGGCAAAGUCACCGAUGUCACGGAGGCUGAUCAAGUGUCACGGUCUCAAACGCCUUCGACUAACGCGGACAAUGCUGCCACAAGCUUAGUGGGAGCUGUGAAAAAACUGCGAUUACGGGAGUCGUCCGAUCCUCGCGAGCCUGGUUCGGUUGUUGCGUUCGAUGUUAUGACAGAGGCUCGUGCGACGACUAAGGCUAGGUCGGUGCAGAGGGCGAAGUCUAUCAGCGCAAUGACUGGUUUGGGUGCGAAUUCGGGCCAUCAUGUGUUAGACGACGAGAGCUGGAGAACCUUGAGUGGACGGCGCGCUUCUAAUGCUGGGACUGCAGCGAUCCAGAGAUCACGGUCAAUGGCGCCUCAAAGCAUAAAGAUUUUUGAUGACGACGCCAAAAGAGGAUUAAGGCAUCUGCUUGAUCUGUGUUUGGUUGCUGGCUGCCAUGACUGGGCGGCGCUGGCUGCUUUAGCACUGCAGGAUCGGCUGGGAUUACAUGCCGUGUUCUGUGCGUGCACGCGUGAUGGACGCUACCCAGGUGGCAUAACCAGCUUUUUCGACAAGAUGAUGGGGACGACGACAUCGGGGACUGGGAUCUGCUAUGCAAACUUUCUCCAAACGGUCUUGAAUCGGUACAACGUCGCAAUCAGACAGCGAAAAUCGAUUGGCGGCGCGGAUCCUCUCUGAAUUCGCGAGCGAUAGCGUUGUGAAUUUUAAUUGGAGAAGCCUUUGAUUUAUUCAUGCCUCGGUGCCAGUCAGACGUCAGUGCCCUUUGUAGCUGCAUACUCGCACGGUUUAUGGCCGUGACUUUGCGAGCUAUUGAGCUGGGGCAAAGAGUACCAUUUCGGUCGCGCGUCGUGACUUUGCGUACUGUUAUGCGGGUGAUGUCUUCGACUGGUAAACUAUGUGUCGGUGUAUCAUACCCGACAGGGGGGGCGAAAUUGUUCUUCCAUCAAGCGGCUGUGGCAAGAUUGUACCGUUUUUGGUACUUACUUUGAUGCUAACUCUUUCAAAAUGAGAGCUACGUCGCUGAUAAGUCCAUUUUAACUCCACGAAAUAGUGUAUUGGUGCUGUCGAUGCGGCUGUUUGCAGUAUUUGAGCGAAGGUUUCACAGUGAACCUCUUGCGGAGGAAGGUCACCCAUCCGAUCACGCGAACGCCUAUGAUACGAUGAGACGAUUGAACCUCAAUUGCGAACACACUUUUGUCCAAAUUACGGUGUGCACUUCCCAAACAUAACUCCAAUGGAUGCUUGAGAAUAAUACAAUUCGCCGCGGGGUUCAUUCAAAAUCCAUUAAUUCGAGAAGCUUGUCAGAUUCCCUGACUGUGAUUAUAUGCGCGUUGAACUUGGCGUAUUACAAGAGAACUGAUUCUUUUGAUAUCAAGUCCUGAGCACUUCUGCUUCACGGGCUGAAACGAAUACGUUUACUCUGGCCGCCAUCUACGCUGCUAUGACAACCGGUAAAUUGUGCCGCACCAUGCGUCAAACGUUCUGUUGCCAAAUGUUCAAAGAGUUACAAGCUGAAGCGGCUUAGCCGCAUCCGACCGAUCGAAGCUUCUUCCCCUUCGUUGUGUGUGCAGACGUGCUAGUCGGUGCACAGGUACCGACAGCUUAUUGCUGAGCGCCAGAGAGCGUCCUCCAAAACAACUGCAACGCGCAUGUUUAUCGAAUCAUAUCAAGAAUUAGAACCUAGCAACUCAUAACUCAUAUAUAAAUGCGAAUGAUGAUUGGUCAAUUUUAUAUACCAACCACAA